AAGUUUUACCUGGUAAUCUGUGUUUUAAUCAUGACUGAAUCACAUGGAUGUAAAUAUCUAUUAAAUUCAACGGAUUUAAAUAUUCGUCAUCAUUUAACGGGUAUGGCACGUACAAAUCAAAAUAUACAGAUUUUAUCCGAUGUUGAUGGUAUUGUUCGUAAAGAUAUAGCCAAAUUAAAAGGUCGUGUUGUAUUGAUUAGUGGAGGUGGUGCUGGUCAUGAACCAAUGUUUGCCGGUUUUGUUGGUCCAAAACAAUUAACAGCCGCUGUAUCGGGUUCUUAUUUUGCAUCACCAUCGACAGGUGCCAUUAUGCGUCUUGUUGAACAGAUAACCAAACCAGAUUCAUCGAUUUUAUUCAUAACAGCAAAUUAUACUGGUGAUAGAUUGAAUUUUGGUCUUGCUAAUGAAUAUCUACGUUUACGUGGAUAUAAAAAUAUUGAAGCAUUUGUUUUUGGUGAUGAUUUGGCACCAUUUCUUACCACUGUUGCUGGUGGUGAAAAGAAUAAUAUUCAAAUCAAACGUAGAGGAUUAGCAGGCAUUGUAUUUGUACAUCGAAUUGCUGGUGUUUUAUCGGAACGUGGUCAAACACUUUCACAGAUAUUAUCAUAUUUAAAUCGAAUUAGUCGAUUAAUUUAUACAUUUUCGGUUAGUUUAAGUGCAGCCGAUAUUGUUGGACAAGGUGCAUCAUUUCGUUUACCCAAUGAUCAAAUGGAAUUAGGCUUAGGUGUUCAUGGUGAAUCUGGUGUUCGACGUUGUCGUUUAAUGUCGGCAAAUGAAACAAUUCGUUUAAUGUUGAAUGAAUUAAUUGGUCAUUUAGAUCGUGAUGGUAUUCUUGAACGUUAUCAACGAAAAGUUAUUGUUUUGAUUAAUAAUUUAGGCGGAAUGAUACCAAUGGAAAUGAAUAUUAUUGCCAACGAAGUUAUCGAACAACUUUUACAAAAAUCAAUCAAUAUUAAACGUAUUUAUUCGGGUAGUUUAUUUACAUCGUUCAAUAUGAAAGGUGUUUCAAUAACAAUAUUCAUUAUUGAUAAUGAUGAUAUUUUGGAUAUUUUGGAUGAAUUUGAUCGAAAUCAUGCUAUUCAAACAUUGUAUUCAGUGAAUAAAGAUUUUAUUUACAAUCAACCGGAUUCAAAGAUUCAAAAAAUUGAUAUCGAAAAACAACAAGAUCAACAACAACAACAACAAUAUGAUCAAUUAUUAUUUCAGAAUAUUUGUUCAAAAGAAAUUUUCGUUAAAUGUUUACGUAAUGCAUGCCAGUCGAUUAUUAACCAAGAAACAUAUCUAAAUAAUUUGGAUAAAACUGUUGGUGAUUCGGAUUGUGGUUCAACAUUAUCAUCGAUUGCACGAUUAAUAUUGAAUCAAUGUGAUUCAAUUGAUGUAACACCAACAUUUAGUAGAUUAUCCCGAUUAAUGAUCAAUAGCCAAAUUGGUGGUACAAGUGGUGCAAUCUAUAGUUUACUAUUUACUGCUGCACAUAAUUUUAUACAUAAUCAUUAUUUCAUUCAAUCAAAUAAUGAUGAUUCAAAAAAACAACAGCAACCGUCGGGAAAAAAAAUUAUUGAAAAAUUCUGGUUAAAAUUGAUUGAAUAUUGUAUGGAACGUUUAAGUUGUUAUGGUGGUGCUCGGAUUAAUGAUCGAUCAAUGAUUGAUGGUCUCAAUGGAAUUAUAAUUGGCCUUAAACAAUGUCUAUCAAUCAAUGAUGAUUUGGAUGAUAAACGUUUAGCUAAAAUUAUAUCCGAAUCAACUUGGCAUCAAGCAAAAUCAACAAUAACAAUGCGUGCAAAUGUUGGCCGUGCAUCAUAUGUUAAUGAAAAACAUUGGUUAAAAAAUCCGGAUGCCGGUGCAAUAGCCGUUGCUAUUUGGUUACAAGCAAUUGUCGAUACAUUGGCCAACAAUAACAAAGUUAUCGGAUGAAAAUAGCCAUGGAAAAACUGAUAAUAUUAGAAAACAAAAAAUGAAUUGUUUUGACUAGCAAAAUUCUUACCCAUUAAAUAAUAAAAUUGAAUAAUUUUUAU